UCCCUGGGAGUGAGUUUUCUAGAAUAAUCCAGAGGAAGAAAGACAGCCCCUGGGCCAGGACUCAAGAAAACAGGAUGACAACGUCACCUGACUACCGUGCAUGCGGAGAGAGCCUGGGUCACGUCCUCCUGCCUGGAUACUGAUGAUGCGAGCCCAGUUCGCACUCCCAUUGUUUUUCCGGUUUUAGAGAAACCAAUUAGCGUCACCGCUGUUGCCGCAUACAAAAUUCUCGGGAACAGGCUCCGUUCAGCUUUUCCCAAGACCCCGAGGGUCUGCUGCAUGGACCCCACAACCUGUCCUCCUCCUGUUAUCGGGAGGCCUACCGCGACCUGGGCGGGCUCCCACUCCCUGAGGUAUUUCCACACCGCGAUGUCCCGGUCCGGCCGCGGGGAGCCCCGCUUCAUCUCCGUGGGCUACGUGGACGACACGCAGUUCGUGCGGUUCGACAGCGACGCCCCGAAUCCGAGGAUGGAGCCGCGGGCGCCGUGGAUGGAGCAGGAGGAGCCGGAGCAUUGGGACGAGCAGACGCGGAUUUACAAGGACAACGCACAGAUUUUCCGAGUGAGUCUGCAGAACACGCGCGGCUACUACAACCAGAGCGAGUCCGGUGAGCGGGCCCGAGUCCAGGUCACGACCCCCAUCCCAAUGUCCGCCCUUAUUUCCAGGUCCAAAGGUCACCCCGAGGUCCACCGACAAGCCCCUAGACCGGGAAAGAGCCCAGGUGGCGUGCUCGGGUUUUGUUUCCGAUUUAAGCUGAACAGGCUCAGAUCAAGGACAACCCAGGGAUUUCUCGCGGGGGCGGGGCCAGGGUCUCACCGGGACUGGGGCUUUCUGGAUGAGAAGUGGGGCGGGACAGGCGGGUCCCCCGCGGGUACAGUCAAUUCUCCAAGAACGGCGCGGAUUACGGGGCCCUGAACGAGGACCUGCGCU